AACGCUAUUUACCAAAGAAAGAUAAAAAGGGAACUGAACUUUUAUUUUUUUGACCAGAAAGCGAACGUUUAAAGUGGGGAGCAGCUAGAUCAGGAAGGGCGAUUUCGAUUAGAGUAAGAAGAUAGCAGGAAUGGCGAUGAGAAGAAGCAUCAUUUCCCUUUCAGCAGUUGCAUUCACUUUAAUGGCUGCCUCUCUAUGCUCUGCUGCAUCUGAAAAAGCAUUCAUCAAAAAAACUAUUUCUUCCCACCACAUUGUCAUCUUCUCCAAGUCCUAUUGCCCAUACUGUAGAAGGGCAAAAGCUGUUUUCAAAGAGUUGAAGCAAGUGCCAUAUGUUGUUGAGCUCGAUGCGAGAGAUGAUGGCAGAAAUAUUCAAGAUGCUCUGGGUGAGAUUGUUGGGAGGAGGACUGUGCCACAAGUAUUUAUAAAUGGAAAACAUAUUGGGGGAUCAGAUGAUACUGUGGAUGCAUACGAAAGUGGAGAACUUGCUAAACUUCUAGGCAUCGCAGCUACGCAUAAAGAUGAUCUUUAAUCGACGUGGAACGGAAUUUUCAUUUGGUGUUUAAUGGAAUUUUAUCCUUAGCUAAAAUGUAGUGAUGAAGUUUAAAUUUAAAAUUUUUAAUAUAUGUAGUUAAUUAUAAUACCGAAUGAAUAGGAGGAAGAUUUUAAUAUUUUUAAAGAUUUUAUUUUUAAAUGCAUUUAAAAUUUGGGAAAUUCUGGCGUCCCGCAUAGGACUAAGUCCUUUAUGUGGGGCUCAGAAAUUUGCCAAGUGUCAAAUGUACAUUGGUAUUAAAAUGUUGACUUUUGAGUA